UUCAGACAAUUUGUUGAAAAGCGUAAAUUAAAAAAUUUAUCAAGAUGACUGGUCGCGGAAAGGGUGGCAAAGGAUUGGGAAAGGGAGGCGCCAAGCGUCAUCGUAAGGUUCUGCGUGAUAACAUCCAGGGUAUUACCAAGCCGGCUAUUCGCCGUCUGGCUCGUCGUGGUGGCGUCAAACGUAUCUCCGGUUUGAUCUAUGAAGAAACCCGUGGUGUGCUCAAGGUGUUUUUGGAAAACGUUAUUCGUGAUGCCGUUACUUACACUGAGCACGCCAAGCGUAAGACCGUCACUGCUAUGGACGUGGUCUACGCCUUGAAGCGUCAAGGACGUACUCUCUACGGUUUUGGAGGUUAAACUGCAUCGUCCAAUUUGAAAACUAAUAAAGUAAUUGUGACGCGUAUGAUUGGAAAUAAUCGGUAUAUUUACUAUUGUAACACAACGUAUUUAAUCCUCUCGAUCUACUUAAUCUUGAAUAUUUGAGCAACACUUAAGCAGUAGCAAUUACAAAAUGUAUUGACAAACAAACAGAAUAUUCCAUAUAUUAUUAUACACAUAAAUUACUUGUAUUGUACUUUGCAUAAAUUAGAGAUCUGCAGACACUUAAAAAAAAUCUAAAUGCCAAUAAAUCGUAAUAUGUAGAAGGCACAAAACACAAUAGCAAUCUCAACUUACAA